AUGAAUGCAAAUAGUAAUAACACCAAUAAUUCAAAUUCAUAGCCUCAAAGUGGAAUAGCAGCUAAUACAUAAAACUAAAAUGCUUUGAUGCUGCAGUAAAUUAUUAAAAAGCUUUCUGAUAUGUUUGGAGGAAGAGAUUAUAAAAAAGUUUAUGAAUUGGCUACAAAAAUAUUUAAGGAAAAUACUACAAAUAUGGAAAUACUUAGAUAUAAAAUGAAAUCUGAAGAAGAACUUGGUAAAAUAGAAGAUGCAUUAAGAACAGCUAAUAUGAUGUUAAUGAUUCAACCUUUCAAUAUGGAAUGCCACCAAACAAAAAUUAGGCUUCUUAAAAAGUUAUAAAAAUUCAAUGAGCUAUCCGAUUCAUUAGUAGCAACUAAAAUAUUAUUUCCGCAAUUAACUUUAAAUUAAGACUGA